GCGAACCUGGGAAGUAGAGUUGUACGGGGGCGCCGCUGCGCUACUACGUCCGGUGAUGGCGGCCGUGUGUUGGAGCCCAUGAGGCGGGGGAACGGGGUAAUGAACCGCGGUGCGGGGAAACAGGGAACGUCCGAAGCCAUGGCGGGCGUGUUUGAUAUAGACCUGGACCAGCCCGAAGACGCUAUUUCGGACGACGAAUUGGAGGACGGGAGCAACAUAAAUGAAUUCAUGGAUCAUGGUGGCAUGCCUUAUGAGAUUGGCAUGGAGCACUGUGAAAAGUUUGAGAUUUCCGAGACUAGUGUGAAUAAGGGACCGGAAAAGAUCAGGCCAGAGUGUUUUGAGCUUCUUCGCGUUCUUGGAAAAGGUGGUUAUGGGAAGGUAUUUCAAGUACGCAAAGUACUAGGAGCUCAUACUGGGAAAAUAUUUGCCAUGAAAGUACUCAAAAAGGCUAUGAUUGUGAGAAAUGCAAAAGACACAGCACAUACAAAAGCAGAACGUAAUAUCCUAGAAGAAGUGAAACACCCUUUUAUUGUGGACUUAAUUUAUGCCUUUCAAACUGGUGGAAAACUCUACCUCAUUCUGGAGUAUCUUAGCGGUGGAGAACUCUUCAUGCAGUUGGAGCGUGAAGGGAUAUUUAUGGAAGAUACUGCCUGCUUUUACUUAGCAGAGAUCUCAAUGGCUUUAGGACAUUUACAUCAGAAAGGAAUAAUUUAUCGUGAUCUGAAACCAGAGAACAUCAUGCUCAACCAUCAAGGACAUGUUAAACUGACAGAUUUUGGACUUUGUAAGGAAUCCAUUCAUGAUGGCACAGUAACACAUACAUUUUGUGGAACCAUAGAAUACAUGGCCCCAGAGAUUCUAAUGAGGAGUGGACAUAAUCGUGCAGUGGACUGGUGGAGUUUGGGAGCCUUGAUGUACGACAUGCUAACUGGAGCUCCGCCAUUUACUGGUGAAAACCGUAAAAAAACUAUUGACAAAAUUCUGAAAUGUAAGCUUAACUUGCCCCCCUACCUCACCCAAGAAGCCAGGGAUUUGCUUAAAAAGCUGCUAAAAAGAAAUGCUGCUUCACGUCUUGGGGCUGGUCUUGGCGAUGCUGGGGAUGUUCAGGCGCAUCCAUUUUUCAGACAUAUUAAUUGGGAAGAUCUCUUGGCUCGGAAGGUGGAACCUCCCUUCAAGCCACUCUUGCAAUCUGAGGAGGAUGUGAGCCAGUUUGAUUCAAAGUUUACUCGUCAGACACCUGUAGACAGUCCAGAUGAUGCCACACUCAGUGAAAGUGCCAACAGAGUGUUUUUGGGUUUUACUUAUGUGGCUCCUUCUGUACUUGAAAGUGUAAAAGAGAAGUUUUCUUUUGAACCAAAAAUUCGGUCUCCUCGUCGAUUCAUUGGAAGCCCUAGGACACCUGUGAGCCCUGUCAAGUUUUGCCCUGGUGAUUUCUGGGGACGAGGAACAGCUGCUGGAGCCACCAAUGCGCAGACACCUGCGGAUUUCCGAAUGGAAACAAGUGGUGUGGAACAAAUGGAUGUGACCGUAAGCGGAGAAGCCUCAGCGCCAUUACCAAUUAGACAAUCUAAUGCCGGGCCAUAUAAGAAACAAACCUAUCCACUGAUCCCCAAACGACCGGAACAUCUACGCAUGAAUCUAUGACCAUGUUCUAUUUCCUGACCCUUUGACUUGUACAGGUGGUGAAACCAAGGAACAUAAAACCCAACUGAAAGCAGAGUAAACAUAUAUAGGUUUUGGGUUCUUUUUCAAUUCCCUUUCAGUGGGAUAAUGAAAAGUACUCUUGGUUACUGCACAGAUUAGUUUGGCAAGACUAAGGCGCGAACAUUUACCGUAAUUUUUUUUUUUUUUUAAGAUAUAAUUUAUAUAUUUGCUCCAAUAUAUAUAUUUCAAUCAGUGGUGCAAAAAAGCAGAUUAAGAAACUGCAAUCAGAAAUGGAGGCAAUGUGUUACUAAGCUCCCAGCGUACAUGUCUGCUCAAGGAUUAUAUCCUACUUUACAUGUUUACAUAUUUUUUUUUUUAUUAUCACCAUAAAAUCAGCUCAGUGGAUGGAGGAUAUGAUUCUGCAAAGACAGUAAGUCGUAUUUCAAGUAACAGAACUUGUCUUAAUGGCUGAAAUGUGUUUUGCGCACAACAAUUGAACAUGUUCUAAGAUUUUCUGGAAACAGAACAUUGACAUGCAUAAUAAUGAACUUCCCAAAUGUCAUGUUAGAGAGGACUAGAUUUACCCAGAAACCAUUGGCAGUCUUCCAUUGGGUUUGGGGAAAGAUAUGCGUUGGGGUGACUUCUGCAUCAGUGUGUGAUUUACUUGCAUUCAGCAUAUAAGGAAAUGAGUAUUGAAGGCCUCAAUUGAAUCCAAGGCACAUGUGAACCUUGACACUGGAGUGUUACCUGCUACCAGUAAUGUAUUCCUUUGCUAUUUUUUCCUUUUUCUUUUCCUCCAUAUAUUCAGCUUUCUCUGCUGUUGUAAGAACUUUAAAUGCUGGGACUCUCCGAUUGUAAAAGUAUUAUGGCCUUUCUACUCAUGUCUUCCAAUAGAGGGGGGAUACGGCCCCUGGACCUAGGGAAUGUUAUCACAAUGCUGGUCUUGGAAUUUGUAUGAAUGGUUUAGCUGUUUGGCUUCUAGGUACAAAGAAAUAAAGGUAAUUUUACCUUAA